AUGGGCAACUCUACCGAUACGCCAGUAUCGGGCUGGGUUGAUUCGCCUAAUGGAAGAGGUACUCAAGACAUUCUUUGGUCUUGUGGCUUGACCAUACUGCUGUGUUGUUGGGUGUCUGUUUACCCUAAUGUUGGCUCCCCCAAUGACAAAUGGUUCCAUCCGUUCCUCGACAAGCUGAAGCUCUUUUGCAUUGGUCUUCUUGGUCCGGACUUUUUACUGGGAAUUGCCUUUGGCCAGUGGUCAAAGGCAAGAGAAAGUGUCAUUCAAUUCAAAUACCAGCCACCCAAGGGUAAAUUUGAAUGGAAAUAUAUUCAUGCAUUCUUCGUCAAUUCCGGCGGUAUACAUUUGAAAUCCCCGGACUUCCCGAAAGGCUUUCCCAUAAAUGCACAGCAGCUUCACUAUCUGAUGCAAUACGACAUGGUUGAGCCCCUACACUUAGAAAGCCUGGACAUAUCUUUGCAGAAUUCAGUUGAUAAUGUGGCUCGCGUGAUAACGGUACUUCAAGCUGCGUGGUUUUUUGUUGGUAUCUGUGGAAGGUGGCACGCAGGCCUUCCUGUGACAACCCUAGAACUGACAACGAUCUCCUUUGUUGUCAUCAUGUUCGCUACGUCCACCAUUUGGUUUUUCAAACCCUCUUUCGAUCGCCCCCUGUCAAUCACUACAAAGGAUUCAAAAUCAAUACAGAGCAUACGGGAUUUCUCGCAGCGGGAAGUAUGUGAUACCGUCGAUGGAGUAAGAACGGCUGCUGACAGGCUAUCGCUAGACCCACCCUAUGUUGCCUACUGA